GCUGGCGACUCGUGGUUGAAAAUGUUUAAAAAUUGGUGUGGUUUUAUAAUUAGAUACACACAGUGCAAAAUAGCGCCGAUCAUCAAGUGACAAAAGUUAAGGAACAUCGCGUAUUCGCAUCGUUUGGUUCUGUGUGUUGCGGGAUGCUCCAAUGCAAUGAUGGCGUAUGCUAAUUGUGAUACAAUUGAUUGAGAAGAUGCCGUUUCGUUUGUCGUAUUGUGGUUAUGCCUCGAAUGCAGUUCCAAAAUGGCAGUAGAGAUGAUUCUUGUAUGAAAAACGCCGUCGCGUAACUAUCAUGACCAACGCCAACCGGUGAGGAGUAGUUUGUGUUGGUCCAAUAUAAUUUCCUGGGUUACGAACGGAAAAGAAUGGAAGUGUUCUCCCCCACUGUAUUUGCGUUGUCUGUCCGUGAGUUCGUGGGAUCAGCAGGUGCUCCGCUUCGGUUGUAGCUGGAGCACACACAGUACGAGUUACAUACGGCGCCCCAUGCAGGCGGAAGCGUGUGUAACGUACUACAUCCCGUGUCGUAAUUGUGUGCACCUUUGUGUGGCAUGAAUGCAUUAUGCCAUUGAAACCAGCCAAUGUUGUGCGUGUUUGGUGCGAAAGAAAUUGUGAAUAAACUAUCAGAAACAUACAGCAAGCUGGGGCCGAGCAGUUCCACGACGCGCCAUGGCGGCCGGUACGCCCAACUCUAUCGAAGCGCAAAUUGAUAACUUCCUCGAGCAGUUCAAACGCAGCGCCUCGAAGGCGAUGGAAGGCGACUGGUCGUCCUCCUCCACGGUCACAACGCCCCAGUCCGCCACCUCUUCGGGGCCGAAAAUAAGAAACAUCUUUGCGGACCAAGCGCAGGAAGAGAACAGUAACAUCGUCAACAAUGGAAGCAGCAGCAGCAACGCUUCGUCUUAUCACUCGGCGUUCCAACAGCAGCAGCAAAAGCAACCCCAUAACCAUCCUGGUUCGUUCCAGCACCAAUCGUCGAUCAACUCGGUCUCGUCCGUGCAGACGGUGCUCUGCCAGAACUUGCAGAACUCGACCAACGUGAACAAACUGAUCGAGAACGUGUGCCAGAAUGGGAAUCAUUUCAACCUGAACACGUUCGGAAGUUGCAGCUCGCUCAUUACGACCAACGGGCACGUGUCGGCGCCGGGUUCGACGACGCGGGAAAACAUGAACUCGGGCGUGAGCGUUAGUUCGGCCGAGGAACCACUGAGUGUGGCCGACGUGGCAGAACUGCUGCAUCCCCAGUAUGCUAUUAUCACGGGUGGCCGAUCGAAAGAUGGAUGUCCGCUGAUAACGUUUCCCGAUUACAACAACUUCCAAAACCUGACCGAUCUCGAGUACCAGAAGCUGAUACUGUAUCUCACCACGGUACCCUCGCUGUCCGAGGCGGACCUCGGCUUCAAUUUGAUCAUCGACCGGCGCAAGGAUCGGUGGGUGGCGGUUAAGGCGGUGCUGCUGAAGAUAUCGGUGUACUUUCCCGCGAUGGUGCACUUCGUGUACGUAAUCCGGCCGGCCGGGUUCCUGCAGAAAGCCAUCUCGGAGGUGAGCAAUAAGUUCUUCAAGGACGAGUUCCGGUUUCGCGUGAUCGUGUGUGCGACACUGGAGGAACUGUACGAGUACGUGUGCCGUGGUCAGCUAACGGUUGAUCUUGGCGGUGAGUUACCGUACUCGCACCAUGCGUGGAUCCAGCAGCGGAUAUCGCUGGAGAAAUUUUCCGGCCUAACCAAUAUGAUCUCGUGCAAUCUCGACGCGUUUAUGAAAACGAUUCACGAGAUGGAGUUCCCCAACUCGGUGGACGCGACGGAAACGUUGAUUGAAGAGCAAGGAGAACAGUAUGAAAAACUGAAGGAGGAUAUACUUUCCGCUGGCCGGCACGGGGAAGUAUUACUGGAGGAAAUGAAAACUAAAAAGGAAUGUGACCCAGAGACAGUGGAACGGUUUGGCAAUAUAAGCUCAAUUGAAAGUGCAAGGAAUUAUUUAAAUGUCAAUAUGCAUCAUCUUGAUGACAGUCGCGAUUGUCACAGACUUUUGGUGCAACUGGAGGAAACGGAGCGUCACUUCGAAGACUUCUGGACGAUUCACCUGUCGCGGUUGAAGAAAUGCCUCGAACUUCGUCGGUUUGAGCAGGACUUUCGGGAGCUGCAGGCAAACUUUGACCGACACUUGAAAACCGUUUCGGACAUGACGGAGAUAGGAGAAACGGUGGCGAGGAUGGAUCAGCUGCUGUUGGAAACCAAAGAAUAUCAGCAUCUCUGCAGUGUAGACGUGGACCGAGCCGGACAGGUCAUUGCGACCGGGCAGCGACUGAUUGGUACGAAAGGUUGCAUCAGCUCCUGCCCGAAGGAGGUGGUACAACCGAAGUGCGACGAGCUGAGGCGCGUGUGCGAUCUCAUUGACAGUCGAAUCUCCAAGCGGAUUGAUACGCUUGCGAGGGCCCGAGAGCUGAUGGAGCGCGUCGAAAAGGCCAAUAAAUGGUGUGCGCGGGGUAUUGAGUUGCUGGCGACGCAACGUAUCGAAAAGUGUUCGGUAUCGGCCGAUAUCGCCGAGCAGAGCCUGCAGGAGAUACAAGACUAUCUGGCGUCUGCAGCGGAAUUUAAAUUAUCUAGUCCAAAAGAAAUUAAGAAUGAAAUCCUAGAAAGUACAACUCUGGAAACUAAGGCGCUUGUUUCGCAGGUCCUCCAGCGAAUCGACGACGUGCAGCUGAUGUGCGAUAAGCGCAUGACCACACUGAAGAAACUCACCCUGAAGCCUCCGAGGCCGGUGCAAACCGUUACGCCGGAACCGGCUGUUCCGCUGCAACCACCGGGUGGAGCCCCGCAUCCCAUGUUCCGAACACGGCGCUCGUACAGCAAGAUCGAAAGCUUCUCACCGCGGCCACGAUCGAUCGAUGGCCCGCCGGACUCGGGCAUUUCCAUCAGCAGCGAUACGGUCAUUGCCAGCUCGGAUAGUGAUCUCAAUCUGCAGAGUCAAACGGAUUCGGAUGAAAGAAAACUGAAGCGAGGACAUGUACUGGCGGAACUGCUGGAAACGGAGCGUAUCUACGUGGCGGAAAUGGGAUCCAUUUUGAGGGGUUACAGAGACGAGAUGCUGUCGGAGGAGAUGAGUUCACUCGUGCCACCGGGACUGCAGGGUAAAUCGGACAUUCUUUUCGGCAACCUGCACGAGCUGUACACCUUCCACAACGACAUCUUCCUGAAGGACCUGGAGAACUGCAUUUCUACCACCGAACUAGUCGCACUUUGUUUCGUUCAACGGCGAGACACAUUCUUCCGCCUCUACUCGUACUACUGUCAAAACAUACCCCGUUCCGAGCGUCUUCGGGAGACGCUCGUCGAUACGCAUCUGUUCCUGCAGGAAUGCCAGAAAAAGCUCGGCCACAAGCUACCCCUUGCCGCGUACUUGCUCAAGCCGGUGCAAAGGAUCACCAAGUAUCAGUUGCUGCUAAAAGAUUUGCUCAAAUUCAGUGACACCGGGACGUGCUCCCGGGAGUUGCAGAAGGCGCUCGACUGCAUGUUGGUCGUGCUUAAGUGUGUCAACGAUUCCAUGCAUCAAAUUGCAAUAACAGGCUUUCCGGCCGAUCUGUCGCAGCAAGGCGAAUUACUGCUGCAGGAUUCGUUCCAGGUGUGGACGGAAAGCAAGAAAGACCUUCGGUUACGGCUGAAGACGCAAAACCGACACAUCUUCCUGUAUCAAAAGGCGAUGCUGUUCUGCAAACAGGGCUCCAAGACGGGCCACAACAAGAGUACCUAUCAGUUUAAGCACUGGCUACAGAUGUCACAAAUUGGGCUGACGGAGUCGGUUCGAGGUGACUCGCGGCGGUUCGAAGUUUGGCUACAGGGACGCCAGGAGGUGCACACGUUCCAGGCAGGCACGAUAGAGAUGAAGAACAAGUGGGUCGCGGAGAUCAAGCGAGUACUGCUGAACCAGUUGGAAGAGUUGAAGGGUGAAAAGAUUAAGCAGUACGGCUUGAAUCAUAAACCCCUCCGCCACACUGCAUCCUGGGAUGUACCGCAGGCGAUGCACGGAACCCCACAUCGAACGAUGAGCUGCGACCAGCAGGCGCAAUCCAAUGGAGGAGCCGCAACCGGAAUGGUCGGGUUGGCGCAGGACGUUGUCACGCGGAUAGCGCACCUGAACGACGAUGGUCUGUUGAAUGCGACAGGUAUCUCGUCUUCCUCCUCCGAGCACGAUAACCAGGAAACGAACGCCUGGAGUUCGGAUUACUCGAACAGCGAGGAUGAGUUUACCACCGUCGAGGACAGCGUGGUACCGGGGCACAAGUUCGUAUCGCUCGCCGACUACUGCGCCAUGGGCAACUCGGAGGUGUCGAUGAAGGAAACGGACGUUGUCGAGCUGCUAAAGGUCGGUUGUGCUGGCUGGUGGUUCGUGAAGGUGCUUGCCACCGGCUUGGAAGGAUGGGCCCCGGCAGCAUAUCUCGAACCGAUCAACCGGAAAACUACCCGUCUACGUGGCGCACGCAGCCAGGACAAGCUGAACGAUCACUAGAGUGUGGAACGGUCGAAAAAUAGCGUCGCAGUGAUGAUUAUAACAAGAGCCAAAGUGUAAAGGUAAAUAGGUGGGUACUACACAGUUUCUCGUAUGUAUCCCCAUCGGCGGCGUAGCUACUAAACACUAGUUAGCCGAAUGAACUCGCGAAAUUCAUAACCACUCGUAAUGAUAUACAAUCGAUUAGGGCAAAAUAUACCUAGGAGAAUCUCCUGUUUCGUAGCAAGCGACGCACACGCGGUGGGUUGCAGCAGCUAACUUAUGUACCUAUCUCUCUCUCUCUCUUUCUCGAAUGCAAUCUAACCAAGACGAUGCUAACUAAGAUGAGGUAGCAUAUACCGACCCUUUACUUUCCUGUUAUCUGUUGGUCAAAGCAAUCCUAGCAGCCUAUCGAUUUUCGGACUACUUAAUAAUGAAAUGUUUAGAAAAAUUUGUCAAACUACUCCACCUACCUUUUCCCGACUAAACUAAUCUCUCUCUUCCCCUGUUUGUCUAUCUAACUGUUCGGUAUAAGUUACUAAACCUAUGUUGUUCGUUUUGGAAUUUCGAAAAUUUUUGUACGAAAAACGUAUACGUUUGUGCGUACAUAGAUUAGGUUUGCCCCAAGACUUUGGGUGCAAGGAAAGAGCACGAUUCAAUUCGUUCUCUAUCUUUUCAUCACCCCUAUCUUGAGGUGCAUCGUCGAAUCUGUUGUCUGUCGAAAAUGUGUUGCGUACACAUUGAAAUGGAACUGCAAAGAAUAGAGUGCAUCCUAGAAUCAUUCGUUUUUCAUCAUCUUCACUCAUCCAUCACUCAUUUCAAGCCAAA